AUGACGCCUCACUCGGACGUGGAGCAGGCGCAGCCUGAUCCGGACACCGUACCAUUAACAUUCGAUAACAAAGUCGGCGGAACUCCUUUGAAUCACCAAUAUGAUGGGCCCUACAAGGUUUCAGAGCACAUUCUGUGGGCGCCACGGAAGCUCAGAGUUGCUUGCAUCGGUGCUGGAGCUUCUGGACUGACCCUGUGUUACAAGAAAGAGAAGGAGUUUGGCGAGGGCAUUGAUCUCGUCGUAUACGACCGACACCCAGCCUGUGGAGGUGUGUGGUACGUGAAUAAGUACCCGGGCUGUCGAUGUGAUAUUCCGUCGCCAUCUUAUCAGCUCUCGUUCUAUCCCAAACCGGACUGGUCCCAGUACUGCGCUCCUGCAGAGGAGAUUAAGAAGUACUAUCAAUCCUUUGCCGAAGAGCGCGGCUUCGUUGAAAAGUACAUCAAACUACGCCAUGAGGUCGUGCAGACGACCUGGGACGAAGAGACCAGCCAGUGGAUCCUGGACAUUGAUGAGCUGCUUGACAAUGGCGAAAAAAGACGGUUCCAAGACAAAGUUGACUUUCUAGUCGCCAGUAUCGGCAUCAUGAACACCUGGAAAUGGCCAGACAUUCCCAACCGGGAAGCCUUCAGAGGCAAGAUGAUGCAUUCAGCAGCGUACGAUACGUCUGUGAACCUGAAGGACAAGUCGGUCAUAGUAAUUGGCUCCGGAGCUUCCGCCGUACAAAUUGUUCCUGCGAUUCAACCAGAUGCGAAGAAAGUGACAUCUUUCUAUCGCACGCCGCAAUGGGUCAGUGGUGGUGUACCCCUUGAGGGCUACACGGAAAGCGGCCAGAACUUCUCGUAUACGAAAGAACAGAUUGAAGCAUUUCAAACCGACCCGAAGCUUCAUCUGGAACAUCGCAAGAAGAUGGAAGACAGCAUCAUCAAAGGGUUCCCCUUUAACAUUCUUAACCACCCUAUCCAAACUUUUGGCCGUGAGCUACUUGAAAAAAGCAUGACCGCUGCUCUGAAAGGUGAUCAGCGGCUAAUCAAGCGUCUCAUUCCAUCGUUCCCUGCGGGGUGCCGACGAAUUGGUCCGGCGGAAGGAUUCCUGGAAUCGUUUCAUGAGGAUAAUGUGGAGUUAGGUGAUGGAGACAUCGCAGCCUUCACAGAGAAAGGCGUUAGAACUGUUGAUGGCAAGGAAUACGAGGCGGAUGUCCUCAUCUGCGCUACCGGCUUCGACACAAGCUACCGCCCUUUCUUCCCAAUUGUCGGGCGCCAUGGCCGAAAUCUCGCUGACAUCUGGAAAGAUGACCCAGCGGCUUAUCUUGCACUUGCAGUAAACGGGUUUCCAAAUUUCAUGCUUGGAUCACUCGGUCCGAAUGCCCCAUUAGCCCAUGGAGCUCUGACACAUGUUCUCGAGGCGGCUCUCACCUAUGUCUGUAGGGUGAUUCGGAAGAUCCAAGUCGACAAUAUUCGAUCGAUCGACGUCAAGGCUGAGGUUCUGGAAGAAUAUAAUGAGCACGUACACGAAUGGCUGAAAAGAAGUGUUUGGGCUGGUGGCUGUCGCUCUUGGUACAACCAAGGGAAGCCAGACGGGAAGGUUAUCGCCCACUAUCCUGGCUCCCUGGUUCAUUGGCGCUUGAUGACGAACCAGCCCAGAUGGGAGGACUACAACAUCAAAUAUCGAAGUCGAAACCGAUUUGAAUUCAUGGGUAACGGGUUCACUGACAUUGAGGUGGACAACAAAGACGUGUCGUGGUAUUUGAACCCCGAGGAGAUUGAGAAGCCAUUGUUCACUUCUUUGAAUCCUGUCUAG